UCAGGCGGGCGCCGGUGCCCCUGAGGAGACGGGGGAGAUGGCGGAGAGCGAGUCGGGAUCUGAGAGCAGCGAAGAGGAGAACCUGCCCUCCUUCGCCUACCUGCUACAGCCGUCCCCAUUCCUCGGCGAGCCGAGCCGCCCGCGGUCACCAUCUCCUGAUCCUAAGGUGGCAGAGGUCAAGAUGGUGAGCAGCGAGAGGGAAGAGGGGGUGGACGUCGUCCCUUUGCACGAGAGGGUCAAGAUGAGAGUGGGAGCGGACCCUGAGCCUUUCAACCUGGGCGCUGAUGAUAAAGGAGAAGCAUCGGGACUUUGUGCUAGUGGUGACCUGAUGGAUCCUGGAAGCAAAGGGCUUUGUCAAGACCUGACGCCGUCUAAAGAAGUAGCUUGUGAUAGUGAGAAUGGUACACGCAGUGUUGAGAGAUCCUCCUUGUGCUCCUUGCCAAUCGACUCUGACAUCCCUAGUACCCCCCCGGUAAGCAGAGAACGGCCAGAAACAUCGCUCCCUCUCAAGAAGCGACAAUAUAGUCCGAAGGAACGGGAGGCAAUCUGCCAGAAUGCGUGGCAGAGAAGGAAGGAGCAAGAAGCAAAGAGGAGGAAGCAAGAGGAGGAGAAAGAGAGGAAGAGAGCCGUUGCCAAUAUGCUGAAAGCUCAGCGGCCAGGAGAGUGCCAGAAAUACAUAACAGUGGUGCUAGAUCCAGUCAUCUUACAGGUAGAAGGUGGCGAGCAGAUCCUUAGUGCUUUGCAGGCUGCCAAUUAUUCCUGUGUGUUUGAGAACCACGCUGUUCCCUGCAGCAUCACCUGGAGGAGAAAGACAGUGACAUCACAGAUGGGAGGAGGAGAUGAAUGGACAGAAGAACCAAAUGUUCUGGUUCUGCUUGGCCUGGAGGAGUUUUUGUCCAUGGUUCACAGCUACAAGCAAAAUGCUGAUGGCUGUGCAGAAAGGCAGAAGGAAACCCUGCAGAGCUAUGUGGCUCAUAUGAUGGAAAAAAUGCCUGGGAGAAUUCUGGCUCUGGCAGUAGUUGGAGUAGAAAAUUAUUUCAGGUCUCUUCAAGUUCAGCCAAAACAAAGGCUGCGACAGACAGCAGCAAGUGGAAAUCAAGAGAAACGGGGAGAAAGGAGAAAAAAGGAAGUUAAGGAUUCUAGCUUGAACUUAUCCAGAAUGGAUGUGAAAGAAGCCCUGGUGGAUCUACAGCUGAGCACACAAGUCCAAAUCAGCAUUUUUGAGAGCAGUGAGGAGCUUGGGGAAUAUGCCACUAUGUGCACAAAAGCUGUGGCUGAGGCACCGUACAAGCAAGAGCGAGAGAACACAGGGUUCUCUUUCUACUUGGAGAAGGACUGUUGCAGAGGGGUGAAGGUGGAUCCUUCUGGAAAGGGUCUCUUGAAAGUUUGGAAGAGGCAGAUACAGCAAUUUAACCGUGUCAGCUCUGAGAUGGCUGAGGCCAUCGUGUCUGCCUACCCUUCUCCUCAGCUUCUGAUCCAGGCUUAUGAGAAAUGCUCCUCGGACCAGGAGCGGGAGAACAUGCUGGCCAAUAUCCCUGUGCACCGUGGGGAGGGUGUGACAGCCACCUCCCGGCGCAUUGGGCCAGAACUGUCCCGACGCAUCUAUCUGCAGAUGACUUCCCACGAUCCCGACCUCUGUCUGGAUUUUACUGGGUAGCACAGGGAAAAAGGGUUGUACUGUUUGUUCAGUUAACUGUUCCGUUUUGGAUUUCACUGGGUAGCUCCAGGGAAUAAGGGUUUUUACCAUUUGUCUGGUCAAGUUUUCAGUUUUCUUCUGUGAAGAAGUGCUUAGAUAACACUCAUUGAUCCUUGUUUAAAGACUUGAAACACAUUAAGACUUUAUUGUAGCAGAAAAAAGUUGGAUAAAGUUGCUGAAUAGCAGGAGUUUACACAAGAAAGAUGGUGAACAUCUUCCCUAAGCACAUGAGUUGCACACAGCUUAUAGUACUGAUGUUGUUUUAAUUGUCUUCCUAUAAAAUAAAUAAUUUUGAAGAAUAA